CUCCUCCGUAUCUCCCGAUGUUAUCAAAUCCACGCCCACCUAAAGCUCACACGACCCUCCCUCCCUCCCUCCCUCCAUUUCUCCAUCCAAAUAAAACCUGAGACAUUUUCAAAUGCCGUCCCCAUUGGCCAUAGCUAUGGCCACCAACUCAACCACCCAUCAACCCCACCCCCUCGAUAUCCCCGACGACCAUCUCUUCUAUCUAUGCUGGCGCCGCCAGUCAUGUGACUACUGCCUACAGGGCGAUCUCCCCUGUGGCUGGUGCGCUAUUUCCUCAGCCUGCGUGCCCAAUCCCGCCAAGGUGCCGAUUCUGGCCCCCUUCGGGUCUUCCGAAAUCUGUCCGCUGGGGGCCAAGGAGCGGUGGGAGCUGAGGGCGCUGCCGUUCGGGUGUCAUGUUAGCACCAUUACGUUCCUCGCGGGCGUCGGGGGGGUGCUAGGGACGUUGGCGGCGUUUGGGCUGGUGGUGUUUCUGGCGUGGGCGGGGAAGAGGGUGGUUGGGUGGUUGAAGGAGAGGAAGGCUUGUGGUUUGGGGGGUGGUGAGGCUGGUGGUGAGGAUCAGGGUGCUGAUUGGGGUAGUGGUGGUGGCUUGGGGGGGUUGAGGCGGCGGUUGGGUUUUUCCUGGGCGAGGAGGGGUGGUGGUGGUUUGUCUGGGUUGGGGGAUGAGGAUGGUGAGUUGCCCGGUGGUGGUGAUGAUGAGAGGAGGCCUUUGCUUGGGGGGUUGGGUUAGGUUCCUGCCUGGUAUUCUCCGGGAUGGGGGCUAUAUAAGCUGGACUGGGCAUUAUUGUAUCGUGCUAUCUUGACUAGGUUGGAUGUAUCUUAUGGAUUAUGAGGUUUGACGACUGUUGUCUAUUCAGGGAGAAUGUCAUAUUCACUUUUGUGAAGCUACUCAAA